AGCUACUGCAAAGUCUAAGCCUAAGAAAAGCAGAGAGGACACUUGGAAAGCUGAUGAACUGGAGAAAACUAUUAAGACAUCUGUAAGGCUGCAUGCUGGAAAACUCCCUCUACAUUCACCUCCUGCUAUCUAAGGGACGUCUUGCAGAGCGACUCAGCACAUGGCAAGGUGGUCCGACUGUCAGCAGUGCAGAGGUCAAAGGAACUGUCUUCAGGCUGAACAAGGGGACAGUCUACCUGAAUAUACAUGUACCUCUCUGAAUGUUGUGUUGGAAACUUCAGAAGCAAGACAUGGGCGCGCUAAAAGCAGAAAACAUAAGGAUGAAAAAGGAAAUGAGGGAAGAGAGAAGAAUUUGAGGGGAGCUCAGGCACAACAAUCACCCCAGAGAAGUCAAAGAAUGGUUGAUUAUGAUGAAACUAGAAGUUCAAGAAGUAGGGAAAAAACAGAUCAGCUCCCACAUGAAGAUAAAGACAGACUUAAAAAAAAAGAAAAGAAAGAAAAAAGAUUGAGGAAAGAUGACUCCACCAAGAAGGAUCAAGGGCAGGAAACAAGAAGACAAUUUGAGACUGACAAUAGAAUACCUGUGGCACAUUCCCCACCACCUGAUGGAAGUGAUGGCUAUGAAGAUGACUUUGAGGAAGAGGAUGGUUCUGAAGAUGUUCCUGGCCGUUCAGAAUUUGAGGAGGAUAAGCUGGACAUCUCUGAAGUAGAAGCACUAAGAAUUGCAAUGAAAGAAGAGAAUGCAGCCACCUCCCUGCAUGGCAAAGAUUGUGUACCUCCAACGUCAAAAUUCAGUGUAUCAAACAAACCAGCAUCAAGAAGACUUCGGCAGACAUUUAUCAACUUCUCUGCAGCAAAACAAAGACAAAUUUAUAGUAAAGCUUCACAGAGGGCAGUGCAACGUGGUCGAGAGCUGAUGAAUCUGAUUGAACUUGAUGUGUCUGCAUUCUCUCUGUUUGAAAUGCCUCCUGUAAAGGUGUACGAGUUGUACAUCAAGAGUUAUGGACGGUCAAACUCAAAACAAGCAUUUGUUCAGUGUCAUGAUGAUGUUUUUGACCGAGAUGUCCAAACAGAGCCCAUCAAGAUGAAAGAUAACUGGAUUCAACAUCCUAGUGAAGGAAUCUCCACAUUUAUUGGAUAUGACCGGGACAAGCAAAGUGACAAAGAGGACGUUGGAUUAGUGAAGAUGAACUCAUUGAGACUAUCUACAUUCCUUGAAAAAGCGGUUCAGGUGAUGAAUGCUGUUCUUGAGGAAGACAUUUCUGAUGGUGGAAGUCAUCAUCAAAGUAAUCCAUCCAACAUAUUCUUCAGUGAUGGCUACACAAGGCUCAAUUCUGAUCUUUCAGUCUUAAGAGGGCGAUAUGCAAGUUAUGUGCAGUUUCAUCCAGUUCAAACUAAUCUGUUAGUGACAGUGCAUUCUAGACCAGAAGAGUACGAUGAUCAUGACUCAUCUCAACGAAGCAUAGUUUGUGUCUGGAAUGUCAGUAGUUCAUCACGGCCACAUCGGAUUCUAACAUGCAGAUCUGAAGUGAAGAGUUGCUGCUUUAGCCCCAUCAAAGCCACAUUUGUCUUUGCAGGAACAGCUGAUGGUGCCAUUUUAGUCUGGGAUUUACGAGGACCACCCUGUGUGCACCAGAACAUGCUUAAAGAUGAAGCAUUGUUCUUACAAGUGCCUACUUUUUCCACUUAUGGAGCAAACAAGGAUGAGAAUCAUGAAAGUUCUGUUGUUAGAGUCCAGCCAGUUAUGAUCACUGAGGAUAAUCACAGAUUAUCUAUGCCAGAUACCAGUCUAGCCAAGCAAAGUGAAGAGAUGAAUGGGCUUUCUUUCCAGUUGGUAUCCCUGGAUGAACAAGGCGUGAUUCAUUUUUGGGUUGUUAUAGAUCUGGAACAAACAGAUGAUGCAGGUUCUGAGACCGAUCUAGGUCUUGUUCCCAGUGGAAGAUUGAAGCUGUUAAAAAGUUCUUCUAUCAUCUUGGAAAAUCCAUUCAGGAAUGUGUCACAAGCCAUACAAGCGAGGGAUAUGAAGUUUUCUUCAAAAGAUCCAACCCAAUUCUUUAUUGCAACAGAUUCAGGGUGCAUCUUGCAUGGAAGCAGGCAUGGAGAUAGAAUCUCUCCAAGACACUACGGAAAACCAAUUGAUUCUCCCAUUGAUGCUAUUAAGUUGGAUUUUUCCCCAUUUGGUCUGCCAUAUUUUUUGAGCGACUAGCUGUGCCAUCGUCGGGUUGCUGAAGUGGACAUGGAAAAUGUGGGGUGUCAGUCUCAAGGAAGAGUCUGUCCAGUGGGAUAGCACUUCUCCAUGCUACGAAGAGUGUCAGCCCCAAGCACAGGUUUGGAAAGGCCAAACACCAUUUCUGUGCGGCUUCCCAGUUGUUGGUGUAUUAGUGGAGAUGAAUUCUCCACUGCCUGGGAAGGAUUUCUGUCAUUAUGUGAAAGCAGUCCUCCUCAGCAUCCCGACAAUGGAUUACGACUGGCAAAUUCCAAUCAACAGCCAUCCCGAAGAAGCAUUUGAAGAUGGACUGUUGCACGGCCUUAUGCCGACGAUAUCCACCAGAAUAGUCGAGCCCCAUCUCUCCUAGCGCAAGGACCUUUGGAUGACUCUUUAGGCAUUGGAUGGUUUCUUCUGUAUUGAUGGAGAGAUUUGGGGCAUUUUUAGGAUGAAAUCCCACGGUUGCAAAAUGAAGUUAUCCGAUAUCAACUCCGUCCAGUGGUCAAUAUCUGUCAAGAUGUCCUCAUCACAGAAAACAGCAACGCAGCCAAGGAAUCCAGUGGUGUCAAUUGCCUGCUCUUUUAUGAAGGUAGAGAGGGUUCCUUUGUGUCAUGGGACCUUCAGAAGCCUGUCCAAGUGACAAUGGGAGUCGAUUCCAUUUGGGCUCAGGGGUAGUGUGGGUUGGGACUACAGGCGGGUUUUGGUUGCUGGAAACACAUGGUGAUGGCAAUUAAUUGGCUAGUAGGAAAAGCUGUUGGAGUGUCUUCCAGUGCAGCACAGCAUUUGCGUGGGAGAUGCCAGACUCCUCUCUCGCUCUAUUUGGAGCCCGACAAACUGGUCAUACACGUCCCACACACGCAACUCAUCCGCGCUAAAUUCUGAAUUAAUAUCACCCAACUGAUGCCGGACAACAAAAUCCAGAAAAUCAGUGGGGGGGCACUCCCAGCCUUGGGGAGAUUUCUUCAAUGAAGUUUGUGAUUAGACUUGCUAAUAAUGGCAUAUGUUGUUGGGUACAAAAUGGACCGUGAAAUUGCACAAGGAUGGCAGUUUCCUUUUUUUGCAUUCCCAGCAACAAAGUAGGGGGAACAAUAACCACUGCUUUUCGUCAUCUAAAUGAUGCCUUACAACAUGACCUCUAAUUUUAUUGGUGUGAACAUUGCAUCUUGUCUGGGGGCACAGCUGUUUUGUUUUUCUUUUUCGGCGCUACACAGAUGACCUCGUUCCCUAUGUUUGCUGAAUCCUUAUUGUUUGCUUCACUGGUAAUCAGCUCAGCGGUGUCUUCGUCUUCUAGUCCUUCUUCAUUGUAGUCAGGAAUGAAGUCCACUUCUUCCUUUUCUUAUGAAAAUACAUGCAUUUGGCAAGUAAAACUUUAAAAAUCAUUGACAUACUUGAAUUUUCCUAGAGACUGUUCUAUUACAAUUAUAUUUUUAUUUAAAAGUUAUUAUUAUCUGUAUUUUUAUCUAAAUGUUAAAGUGCUUUAUUGCAUGGAAAUACAAAUGAUAAUGUCGAUGCUCUUGUUAACUGGAUAGUGAAUGUACAGAAAAUGUAAACAAAAAAAUCAAUAUCUGACAAUAUCACAGAGUAUAUUUCCUUAAAGGACGCUGAAAUCUAAACUCCAUCCCUGUAGUGUGCAGGCCGGUUAAUUUCCCUUCCACUCCUUGUUCUGAUUUUAGGCUCGGGAACUGCAGUAUGUACAGUGUAUGCUUCUUUGAAAGAGCUUGCAUUUGUAAACGGUUGGGCCAAAAGGCUCAAAUUAUAAGCAUGAUCAUCUGUGUCAUAGACAUGUUCAUCUUCAAGAUCACCAUUCCCAAUCAACCUGUUGCGCAAUUGCCUCGACCAAAAAGGAAUGUCAUGAUCUUCACACCUCUUAAGGAGAUCGUGGUGAACGACCACGGUUUUCUCACAACUUGUAAAGUAUUGGGGAUAUGGAUUUUACCACCAAAUGUGGUCCCUGCCAAACAUGCAGCAAUUUCUAAGACUGCCCAGUAUGGGAAGCUUUGUUUAACUUGUAAACAAGGUCUCCCUCUUGGAACUGAUAACAGUUUUGGUUCAGGUCAUAGUUCUUCUUUUGAUAAUUCUGGGCGACAUCAUUGUUUUCUCUAGCUAGGGCAUGAACCGUAAUUUUAUUAUCUUUCAGCUUUUGGGCGUAUUCAUGGAGUGGUUUAUUUUGCAUGUUAUCAGUACAACCUUUAAGUUCGAAAACUAAUUCUAUUGGUUGAAUAACCUCUCUUCCAAGCAUAAGUAUGUUUGGGGUUAAACCAGGUUGAACACUUCCUCUAAAGUGCCAUCUCAUAGUUUUCAAGAUGGUUUAAUUGUAUCUUUCUACUUGUCAAUUGGAGCAUGGACAAAGCUUGCUCCCUGAUCAUUGUAAAUUUGAAGGGGACCACCAAAUCUUGAAAUAAAACUACAGGUGGUG